AAUAAGGAAAUGUGUUUUCUCUUCCUGAAAUGUGUUUAACCAUAGACAGUAUAUGUGUUUAACCUUAUACGCAGCUUUUAUCCUUGAGUUGUCAGCCGUAUAACGUAAGAUGUGGAAUGUAGGCCUAUGUAAAUGAGCAGAUGCAGCAAACUGGCCCCUCAUCCCACAGCUGUUCUUCCACCUCUGAUUGCUUUCCCCUCAGCCACCGCAAUACAGCGGAAUGUGGAAGUGAGACUUCAGCUGCACCAGAGAAACACGAAGUGAGAGCAGAAAACAAUCCUACAUUUCUGUCCAGAAUGAGGUCCAUCGUGAGCUUCUACAUAUGCUACAUGCUGUGCCUGGGUCUGGGCCUGGCCUGCGUGGUGUGUGUGUGUGUGUGGAAUAGCCAGUGGCGUGGCGGUUUUGCCUGGGACGGCUCGGCACUGCAGUUCAACUGGCACCCUGUUCUGAUGGUAACAGGUCUUGUUGUGCUGUACGGCAAUGGAGCUGUGUUGUACCGCGUCCCCCUGACCUGGGGUCAGAAUAAACUCCCCUGGAAGCUGCUGCAUGCCACACUGAUGUUCCUUGCUCUGGUUCUGUCAAUUGUGGGUCUUUGUGCUGUGUUUGGCUUCCACAAUGCUAAAAGCAUUGCCAACCUCUACUCUUUGCACAGUUGGAUUGGAAUCGCUGCUGUUGCUCUUUUUGCCAUACAGUGGGUGGUGGGUAUGGCUGGCUUCCUUCUGCCCUGCUCCCCCAUAUCACUACGUGCACUCCUUAAACCUGUCCAUGUGUGGAUGGGAGGCAGCAUACUGUGGCUCAGCAUCGCUGCAUGCAUUUCCGGAAUCAACGAGAAACUCUUCUUUGUUCUCACUGGAACUCAGGCGUAUACUAACCUUCCAUCCGAGGCUUUGUUAGGAAAUUCAUUAGGAGUUUUAAUUGUAGCCUUCGGCUUGGUUGUCCUUAUGAUUUUGUCCAACCAUAAAUGGCAGCGACCAGACUCCAGUCCUGAGGUUUUAGCUUACACGCCAAUUCUUCAAGAAGAAAAUGAAUGAAUGAAGGGAAAUUGAAAAUUGUUGCAUGCAUCAAACCCGUCCAUGCAAAAUCAGUUCAACCAUUACAGAUCACACUUCCCCUUUUACAAUCCAAAAGUUCUACAAACUUUGAUCUACUUUGAAUGUACAAGCAGCUUUCUUAACAGUGUGAUGAUUAUCAAUGUCUGUUGUGGGUGUAAAUAUUUAUUUGAAAUUAUAUUUAAGAUUGAUGUGUUGCCAAAGAAUAAAAAAAGUUUUCAUUUCAUCAAA